AUGUCGACAGUGUGUUCAACUAUUAAAUCACAAGAAGAUGGAUUGCCGAAGGAAUGCGAAGAAUGGGUUCAACUGUUCUUGAAGAAUUUCGGACCAGAUGAAGUCUUCUACGACGCAGAAUUUGAUUUCAGCAAUGGAAAGCAAGGGAAUAUUGGAGACUGUUGGCUGAUAGCUCCGCUGAUGACAAUUGCAAGAAGACAGAAGUUGUUGGAAUGGAUUAUACCACCUACAGAUUACUCUUUGAAACACGGAAUUUUUCUUGUCAGAAGAUUCUUCAACGGAGAGUGGCAGAUCGUUGUUGUCGAUGGUCAUUUGCCUCUUAAUGAAAAGGGUUUUGCACAAUUCGCAUACACAUUCUACGAUAGAUUGUGGCCCUGCUUGAUCGAGAAAGCAGUGGCAAAGAUGUUGGGUGGAUACCAUAAACUAAAUGGAGGAAACCCGAUAUCAGCGUUCAAAUAUCUCACAGGUUCGAGUUGUCUAAGGAUCACGCUGAAUAAGGACACCGAUUUGGACAUGUUGUGGACAAAAUUAAAAGAAUAUCAAUCUUGUGGGUUCUUGAUGACACUUAGCUCUCCCGAAAAAUAUGAAGACUUUUUGAAGAAAGGACUCGCAAAUAACCACGUAUACUCACUACUAGACACUUGUAUUCAUGAAGGUCAUCGAUUGGUUUUGAUUGGAGCUACGAAUGAUACUAAAUGGAAGGGAAAGUGA